GAGACAUGGAUAUGCUGCCUCCGUUCCAUCACUGAAGGAGCCACAGAAGCCUGAGCAGCCCACUCCAAGGAAAAGCCCCUACGUUCCCCUCCCACUGGCCUCUUUGAUGAUGAUGAUGGUGAUGAUGAUGACAACUUUUUCUCGACACCCCACAGCAAGCCUUCUAAAACAGGCAAAGUCCAAUACACUGCUGAUAUCUUUGGUGACGAAGAAGGAGAUCUGUUCAAAGAAAAAGCCAUAGCAUUGCCAGAAGCCACUGUGAGUCAGACAGAUGAAAAUAAAGCAAGAGCAGAAAAAAAGGUUACCUUACCUUCCAGCAAAAAUCUCAAGCCCUCAUCAGAAACAAACACUCAAAAAGGCUUAUUUUAGGAUCAGGAGGACUCUGAGGAUUUGUUUUCUUCUCAAAGUGCGAGUAAGUUAAAAGGUGCGUCUCUCCUGCCUGGCAAGCUCCCCACGUCGGUUUGAUGAUGAAGAUGAAGAGGAUAAUCUUUUUGGGGGUACAGCUGCUAAGAAGCAGACAUUGUCUCUACAAGCUCAGAGAGAAGAGAAAGCAAAAGCCUCCGAGCUCUCCAAAAAGAAAGCAUCUGCCCUGUUGUUCAGCAGUGAUGAGGAGCCAAAAGAAGACCCAGAGAGUGUCACUCCUCUUUGAAGACGAUGUUGAUAGCGGAGGCUCUCUGUUUGGCCCUCCUCCCACAUCUGUUCCUCCUGCAACAACGAAAAAAGAGACUGUCUCUGAGGCACCACCUUUGCUGUUCAGCGAUGAAGAAGAGAAGGAGGCACAACUUGGAGUGAAGUCUGUGGAUAAGAAGGUUGAGAGUGCCAAGGAGUCAUUAAAAUUUGGGAGAACUGAUGUGGCUGAGUCAGAAAAGGAAGGACUUUUGACUAGAUCUGCUCAGGAAACAGUCAAGCAUUCUGAUUUAUUUUCUUCAUCAUCCCCAUUGGACAAAGGAACCAAGCCUAGAACCAAAACUGUUCUUAGCUUGUUUGAUGAGGAAGAGGAUAAAAUGGAAGAUCAAAACACUAUCCAGGCUCCACAGAAAGAAGUAGGAAAGGGCCGCGAUCCUGAUGCCCGCCCCAAGAGCACAGGUGUCUUCCAGGAUGAAGAGCUGCUUUUCAGCCACAAGCUCCAAAAGGACAAUGACCCAGAUGUUGACCUUUUUGCUGGCACCAAAAAAACCAAGCUGUUAGAGCCAAGUGUUGGGAGCCUGUUUGGGGAUGAUGAAGAUGAUGAUCUUUUCAGCUCUGCCAAGUCCCAGCCUUUGGUACAAGAGAAAAAGAGAGUAGUGAAAAAAGACCACUCUGUUGACUCUUUCAAAAACCAGAAACAUCCUGAAUCCAUUCAAGGUAGUAAAGAAAAAGGCAUAUGGAAGCCGGAAACACCUCAGGACUCAUCAGGUCUCGCUCCAUUUAAAACCAAAGAACCAUCCACUCGGAUCGGGAAGAUACAAGCAAAUUUAGCGAUCAACCCAGCGGCCUUGCUGCCCACAGCAGCUUCCCAGAUCUCUGAAGUAAAGCCUGUUUUGCCAGAAUUGGCUUUUCCUUCAUCUGAACACAGAAGGAGCCACGGUCUGGAAAGUGUGCCUGUCCUUCCCGGGAGUGGGGAGGCCGGUGUGAGUUUUGAUCUUCCAGCUCAGGCAGACACCUUACACAGUGCAAACAAGAGCCGUGUCAAGAUGAGAGGGAAGCGUAGACCGCAGACCCGUGCAGCUAGGCGGCUGGCUGCUCAGGAGUCCAGCGAGACUGAGGACAUGAGCGUCCCCAGAGGACCCAUUGCACAGUGGGCUGAUGGCGCCAUUUCCCCAAAUGGCCAUCGGCCACAGCUCAGAGCAGCCAGUGGAGAAGACAGCACUGAGGCGGCCCUGGCAGCUGCCGCUGCACCUUGGGAAGGUGGUCCUGUGCCUGGAGUGGACAGAAGCCCCUUUGCAAAGUCUCUGGGUCAUUCCAGAGGGGAGGCUGACCUUUUUGAUUCUGGGGACAUCUUUUCCACGGGCACUGGAUCUCAGUCCGUGGAGAGAACAAAACCCAAGGCAAAGAUAGCAGAGAAUCCUGCCAACCCACCAGUGGGUGGUAAAGCAAAGAGCCCCAUGUUUCCUGCUCUAGGUGAGGCCAGCAGUGAUGAUGAUCUCUUUCAGUCUGCUAAACCAAAACCAGCAAAGAAAACAAAUCCCUUUCCUCUCCUGGAAGAUGAGGAUGACCUCUUUACAGAUCAGAAAGUCAAGAAGAAUGAGACGAAAUCCAAUAGUCAGCAGGAUGUCACAUCAACAACACAAGAUAUUUUUGAGGAUGAUAUAUUUGCUACGGAAGCAAUUAAACCCUCUCAGAAAACCAGAGAGAAGGAGAAAACAUUGGAAUCUAAUUUAUUUGAUGAUAACAUUGAUAUCUUUGCUGACUUAACUGUAAAACCAAAAGAAAAGUCCAAAAAGAAAGUGGAAGCCAAGUCUAUAUUUGAUGAUGAUAUGGAUGAAAUCUUCUCCUCUGGUAUCCAGGCUAAGACAACCAAACCAAAAAGCCGAUCUGCACAGGCCGCACCUGAACAAAGAUUUGAACACAAGGUGUCCAACAUCUUUGAUGAUCCCCUGAAUGCCUUUGGAGGCCAGUAGAGCACACAGGGUAUCCACAUGUUACCCUGCAGCUACAUUGUUGAGUUAGUGAUGAUGUUGUAUAUGCUGAUGGUCUUAACUGGAUUACAAAAAGCAAAUACUAGAACAGCUAGCUCAUCUUUCACCCAAUGUACUUGGUAUUUUUCUGCACUGGUUUAAUCAUGCUUAAUACUACAAAACAAAAAAAAUAUUUCACACUGGUUGGUUUGUUUUGUUUUUAAACCACAGUUUGAUUUAGUUAGCCUUGCUGGGGCUAUAAUAUGCUUCAGGGUGUGUAAAAGAAGAAAUCUCUUUGUGGCUUUCAUGGGCAGGGAAUCUCAGAGAUAGCAAAUGCCACCUGACCAGAAGUCUUUGUUAUAUGGAUGGGAACCCUAACUUAGGGCCUGGGCAGGGGAAAGAGAAAGAAGAUGAGAGAUUAUACUUCAUGAGUCUUAGCAAUAUGGGAGCAGGUUUUCACUGAAUUCUGAGGGUGCCUCUGCAUGUCCUCCAAGGCAAAGUUUGGCAAACUGUGGCCCCCCCACUGUCAUAUUUUGUUAAUAAAAUUUUAUUGGAACACAA